UGGGCCAUCUUAGUUAUACCAGUUACUACUGUUGUGUAACAAAUGACCCCCAAAGGUCACAGUAACAACUGUCCUGUUCCGUGAAUCAAGAAUUGGAACAAAGCACCCAGGAGCAGCUGGGAAGGCAUGAGGUGGGGGCUCUGAAGCAGCAGGUUGGGAUCACCUGUCCAGCAGCUGAGAUUUCUGGGCUCCUGGCUCAAUGGCCUCCCCUUGGGAGCCUCUCCAUGGGGCCAGUUUGGGCUUCCUCACAGAGGGGCAAACGGGUUCCAAGAGCGGGUUUCCCAAGACAGCAAGGUGAACGUGUGUGGCAUUUUUAAGGUCCAGCCUCAGAAUUCACAUCUCACCCCUGCCCCUGUCUUUGCUGGUCGAUGUCAUCACAAAAUCUCACCAAGGUGCACCAUAAAGGUAUUUGGAGUGGGAGAUGUUGUUGUAGCCAUCUUUGGAAAAUGCAAUAUUCCACAGUAUUCCUCAGCACUAUUUCCCAACUGCAGCCCAGGACUCUCCCUCCUUGCCCAGAGCAAGGGAGCCCCUACGACCCCCAGGAGACCCGGUGGCCCUACCAGAGAUCCAAGCCCAGAUGUAAAAGGCGGGGUGGGGGGACGGCCAGAGGUAGGAGGGCCCAGAGACAUGACCACACAGACGGUGUGGGUGACAACCCCAGGGAAACUCACUUUGUUCUGGGCUAGUGAAGUCUCCUUGUUGGGGCUGGGUCUGGGAGGCCAAGACACAGGCCCCUGGAGACCCUGGGUGGGGAGGGGGCGUCUCAGAGGGCAGAGGGUGCAGAAGGGCACAUGGCCGAGGUGAGUCCAGGUGGCUCCUCCCUGCCUGCGUCUGUUCCCCCAGGCAGUAACAACUGAAGCUGACAUGUGCUGCGUGUUUUCAGAAUAGGAGCUCAUUUAUCUUCCCAACAACCCAGGGAUAAAUGAAAAGAUAGCCCAUUUUACAGAUCUGCCUUCUUUCCUGGAACCCACCGCAAAGAAGCCGUCCGGACCACCCAGUCGAAAGAGGGGUUUCCUCUCCCCCAGCAACCUACCCAUUUCUUUCUGUCUCUGGCAACUGCGACAUAACAUUGCUUGUUUGCCGUCGCCCCCCGCGUCGGAUUAGAACCCGCGAGACGCUUCCUCAGCCCCAAGGGCAGGCCGGGUCCACCGUGGGCCUCAGGAGACAUCUGUGCGAUGCCGACAAGACGGCCGCCAGGCCACAGUGGGCUGGAACCCUCAGUACUCAGAAGACCAGAGUGCUGGCGCAAGGGAAUUCAGAAUGAAAACAUCAAACGCGAAAAUAAGCUUAGCCCUCUUUUUUCCCCACAACGCCACUUUGAACUAAAAAACAAAAUUUUAACAAGUGUUCCUCAUUUUUUGUGAGCCCUACUUUGCUGGUGCUUGGCUCACUGUUGGGUAAUCUGGAAGAGAGUGACAUCACCAGCGACCAUGACAUCACCCCAUCUGGCUUGUGUCAUCAUCGACCUUAACCCUGAGACGUCACCAGCGUGACCAGCGACACCUUACAUUCUGUUCCAUGACGUCAUCCUGCCUGACUGAUGACGUCACUCCGCCCGCCUUGUGGCAUCACGUUCACUGGUCCCGUGAUGCCACUCUGCCUGUCUACGACCUUGGCCGGCCAGCCUGUCUCCUGCCCAGUGGCUGGUGUUCCACGUCCACUGUGUCACGGGCCUCGUGCAGGUGCUGCAGCCGGCGGGGGUCAGAUUCGCAGGCCGCGCGGAGGCCCGAGGGCCCGGCUGGGUCCGCGGAGAGCAGAGGCGUGCGGGCCGAGGCUCGCCGGCUCCUCGGGGGCGCCUCACCCGGUUCCCCUCGCGAGUUCUCCUUUCAGAUUUCCCGCGGCCCCAGCUCGCCCGGAAGCCAGGCGGCUGGCAGCGCGCGCUCGGUCCCGGAGCCUGGAACCCGCGGGAGAGGGGCUCGGGAAGCCGUGCGUCCGGCCCGCCCUCGGCCCCGCGCGGCGCGGGGGCGCACCAUGCCUGCCGACACCCCGGGGAAGCUGAGGGCCUCGCCGCGGGCGGGAGCGCCGGCCGGUGCCCGCCGGACCCCGGACCAGCCCCGGAGCGCGGCCGAGCACCGGAAGGUGGGGACCCGGCCGGACGCGGUUGGCAGGAGCGGGGGGGAGAGGGGAGCUGACGCCCGGGGGACUCAGCCGCUGCCGGCCCCGCAGUCCUCCAAGCCCGUCAUGGAGAAGCGGCGCCGAGCGCGCAUCAACGAGAGCCUCGCUCAGCUCCAGAGCCUCCUCCUGGACGCCCUCAGGAAAGAGGUGAGUCGGGGGCGGGAGGGCGAGAUCGGGGAGCCUGGAAUCCCGGCUCUCCUGCGCUGCCAGCCGCCCACACCGGCCCCGCCCCCAGAGCUCCCGCCGCUCGAAGCUGGAGAAGGCGGACAUUCUGGAGCUGACCGUGAAGCACCUGCAGAGCCUGCGGCGCGUGCAGGUGACAGCCGCCCUCCGCGCCGACCCGGCAGUCCUGGGCAAGUACCGCGCCGGCUUCCACGAGUGUCUGGCCGAGGUGAAUCGCUUCCUGGCUGGCUGCGAGGGCGUCCCGGCCGACGUGCGGUCCCGUCUGCUCGGCCAUCUGGCGACCUGCCUGGCCCGGCUGGGGCCCUUGCGCCGCCCGCUUCCACCGGCCCCCGCCGCCGAAGUUCUGGCGCCCGCGGUUUACGCGGGCCGCUCGCCGCCGCCAGCCUUCGACGGCCCCUGCCCCUUGCCGCGCUCCAGGGCGGUCUUGGCGCCGCCCUUCCUGCCGGGCCGGACGGGGGAGCCCCUCGCCGCCCCCGGAGCCGCGGCUCAGGGCCGGGGCGCACCCUGGAGGCCGUGGCUGCGGUGAGGUCGCGGCCCCAGAACCCGCUGAGACUGUGCCAGAAAAUAUUUAUUUCCAGAGACCGCGUCGGGAGCUUUGUUUUGUCGUCUUCGUGAAGGGUCCAGUCCGGCAGAGGCCCGGCAGCGGGGUCGGCUGAUGUCUUCGCGCGAGCGGGCAGGGCGGGCCGCGGGGGUUCUGCUCCCACCUGGGCCCGCAGGUGCCCGGCGCGGACGUUCGGCCGGCCUUGCGUUUGCCUGUAUCUAACUGCACUGGAGCCGCGACCCGCCUUGGAGUGGGGGGGAGGGUGUGUGAGAGGUCUCUCGGGAGGCUCAGGCAGGACGGGGCCAGUCAUCACUUUUUCCAGAAUGUCUCUCCGUGCUGGGAAGCGGUCCCGCAGCAUCAUUGGGCAUGUUGUUUCCCACUCUCACUCGCGAGGACCCUGGAAGGUGGAGACAUGUAUUUUCACACUGUUGUUUUGGUGCUGAGCUGUGGUGAGGGCUGACUGUCCCUGAAGCUUCGGUUCUGGCCUGUUCCACCUCCUGCCUUCUUGUGGCUGAGCACAAAGCUGCCUGUGCCCACCCGUGCGUUGAGCCUGCCCCAGGCCAGUGUCUGCCCGGGAGAGGGCUGCCAGCAGGAGCGGGCAUCUGAGUCCCAGGGGCAGGGAACGGGGGCCAGCCCGACAAAGAGCACUUGGUGCUGGGGCUCUUCUCCUGCCAGAGCCCAGCCCUGCUGUGUACCCCAUCCUGCCCUGAGAGGGGAGGUACCUCUUCAGUACAAAGGAACUAGCGUUGGUCCGGCCUACGCAUCCGUCCUGAGCACCGGCUGUGUGUUCAUCCUACAAUACAGCGAUCCUAGGCGGCGUUGGGCAUGGCCCCCCACCCCCGACCCCGAGAGUCGCUGUCCUGUGGUCCCAGGCCUCCCCAGGCUGCUGCUGGGGGCUGUGCUCCGGGUGCGGUGAGGGGGUGGUCCAAGGCACGCAGCUGGGACUGCAGUGUCUCAUCCUGAGCCCUGCUGAGGCUGAGGCAAGAUCUGUUUCCCAACCACAGCCAAGUUCACCUGAUGGUUGUUGGCCGCCUGCCUGGCCAGGGACCAUCGCGGAGGAGGAGGGUGAAUCACUGCCGGGGCUGGCCUGCCCCUCCUCCAGUGGCCCCAUCAGCUCCCGUGUCCGUGUCAUGCGCAGGGUUCACCUGCCCUCCUGGACUCAGCCGUGCACACCCGGCAGGGCCUGCCACGUCCCACCAAGCCAGUUCCUCCCCGGCCUCUAGCUGCCUGGCGCGUCUUCCUGAGUGUCCAGGGCCCAGGCCAGUGGUCCUGGACAGUUGCAGCCAUGCAGGCCAGGUGCCGCACCCUCUGCACACAGGCCCUGGGGAGGCUGGGAGAGCCGGGUCUCCAGCAGGACUGUGGGGGAGUUGCUCCUGACCAGCCUGGGAGGCCCUCCCAGCAGGAGAAUUGUAGAGGGUCCAUUUCAGAAGCCAGAAGUUCAGCUUGGCUGGGGGAGGGGAACUGCUCAGGGAGGGCCUCAGUGCAGGAGGGGUGGGCCGGGGUGGGGGGGUGCUUUGGGAUAUGAAGCUGGGUGGGUGGGUUUGUGGGUAGGGGGAGCACCCCACCUGGUGGCCAGAGAGAGAAGGGCUGCCUGGGAAGGUCACCUGGAACUUGGGUCAUCACACUCUCCCUUCUUCAGGGAGAGGGUGGCGACAGCGCCAGACCAGACCCCCCCACCUCCGUCCCAGGGCCUUGCCCCCUCCCUUACUUCCACAACUUUUUUUUUUUUUUUUUUGCGGUACACGGCCUCUCACUGUUGUGGCCUCUCCCGUGGCCAUGGCUCACGGGCCCAGCCGCUCCGUGGCAUGUGGGAUCUUCCCAGACCGGGGCACGAACCCGCAUCCCCUGCAUCGGCAGGCGGACUCUCAUCCACUGCGCCACCAGGGAAGCCCAUCCCUUACUUCCUUACUUCCUGUUCCUGGCCAUCUGUUCUCAAGACGCUAUUGCCAAAGGGAUCUUUGUGCCGAGCACCCUGUUAGCCCUCCAGGGACCUCUCAGGCUCAGAGGGAACCACACUGUUCCUCAGACAGGCAAGCUCCUCCCGUCUCUAUCCCUUUGUACUCACCCCCGCCCCGCCCCAUUCUCUCCCCACUUUCCCACCUGAGGCAGCCACCCCAGGCUCCGAGGGCUCUGGAGGCCAGGGCCGUGUCUGUGUCACUCACUCCUGUCCCCAGCACCUGCCUGGAACAGGAAGACGCUCAGGUCGGGCUCAGGCCAUGCAGACCUCGUUAAUUAGCUUGGAUGAAGGAGGAGCCAGGAGGUUUGCGGAGGGUGUCGCCCUUGGUUAGAUUAGGGGGGUGUGAGGGAGCACAGCGGGGGCUGAGGCUGGGCCCCUCCCCAGGCCACCCCUCCGCAGUAUCCUUGUCUGUGGGAGGAGGCCACACCCCUCUCCCCACUCAGCCUGGACACCUGCGCCAUCCCCGGAGAGCUGGGUUGGGGGGGGGUCUCCCCCUCACACCAGGGGCUCUUCCUACUGCCACCCUCCCCCCUCCUCCGCCUGUUUCCUGCCCCCUCCCAUGCCUCACAGGGGCUCUGGGUAAUUCCUCUGUCCCCCUCCACCCCUUGGGCUUGGCUUUUGUCUUGCAGGCCUUUCCUGCAGAAUAAUAGAGGAAACAUCUUCUCCGGUGGCUGUGUUGGGGGUGUGUGGGAGGAAUCAGAACUUCCUCCUCCUGGGGGGAGGGUGUGGCCAGAAGGCCUGCUGAUCAUUUCUCCUCCACUGGCAGGUGGAGCCUCAUUCAUCUGUGGCCUCCUUCCAGCCCAGUUGGACCCUGGCAGGGACCAAGGGUCAAUAAAUGGUUGCUGAAUUCAUGUGCAAGGUCAGGUGAUCUGCCUGCCUCUGUGGGUGUCUCAGCCCUGUGGAGCCCUGUGACGCUGGGCCCCUCUGUCUCACCUGUGGGGUCAGGGCUUGGGGACCAGACAAUGACAGCAAGUCAUAGGUGUUUGAAAUAUGGAGAAAGAAUUAGUCCUCAUGGUGACAGAAGUCCUCCUGGCCAGGCCCAUGAAACUCCAGUCACUUGGGAAUUUGGGGUGGGGCAGGGCCUGGGGCUGCUUGGAGCCCUGGCUUGUGAGAGGUGAGGCCUUAGCACCCCCACCAGAACUCCUGCGGUUGCCCGAGUGUCUCUAGGCCCCAGCAGCCUCUUCCUCUCCCCUGGCACGCACUGGCAUGCCCUGGCUCCGGGGCCUGCUCCCUUUUCCCGAGGAAGAAGCUGAGCCCAGAGGGUCCUGCAGCUGUGCUUGGCUCCUCUCUGCUCCAUGGAGCCCUGGGGGGCAUACCCAUCCUAGGAUGCACCCUUGGGCAAGGAAGGAGGCCCCCAAGAGCCCCCACCUGGUAUUCAGCCUUGUGAAUGUACUGAGGUUGACCUGCGUGACCAGUAAGGUCCUGUAGAAGACGAGGUUGCAGGGGCAUCCUGGCCUACCUCUUUGUCUCAUGUUCUCCACUCUGAGGGAGGCCAGUUGUUCUUUGCUAUGGAGAGGCCAACAGAGUGUGGUGUUUAGAAGCAGAUCCUCCAGCCCUGUCGAGCCUUCAGAUGAGACCCCAGCCACUGCCGGCAUCUCAAGGGCAACCCUGAGAGACUGAGAGCCAGAAUCACCCAGCUGAGCAGCUCCUUGACUCCUAUCCCUCAGAAACUGUGCGACAUAAUAAACGUCUGUUGUUUUAAACUG